AUGUUAAAAGGUUUUGUACCCCUACUUAGUUCCUCUAAUAAUACAAAUACAAAUAAUCAACAACAACAAAAUAACCUUUCUUCUCCAAUUUCAUCCUCCUCCCCUUCCCCCAAUCACAAUCAUCAUCAAUUUCUUCAUCAACUUCCUCCAUCAAAUAAUCAUUCCGCCUUCUCCCAACCAACACCUGCCACCUCCUCUCCACUUUAUAAUGAUGGAAAGAAUAAUAAUAAUAUAUUAUUGUCUCCUUCAACAUUUAGUAAUAGUUCAUCACAAUUAACAGCUAUUGCUGCAGUAAUGAGUGCACAAAAACAAGAAAUUGUUCGAGUAACUCAACAAUUGUUAGAUGCAAUUUCUUGCAAAGAUUUUGAUUCUUUUUCAAAAUUAUGUGACCCAAACCUUACUUGUUUUGAACCAGAAACUUUGGGAAAUCUUAUUGAAGGAAUGGAUUUCCAUAAAUUUUAUUUUGUUAAUGGACCACAAAUUUUACCUGGUUCUGAUAAACAACAUCAAAUACACACUACUCUAUUAAAUCCAAAUGUUCAUUUAAUGGGUGAUGAAGGAGCUUGUAUUGCCUAUAUUCGAUUAACACAAUAUAUUGAUAGAUUUGGAGAAGCACGUACUUGUCAAGCACAAGAAACACGUGUUUGGAAAAAAAGAAAUGGGAAUUGGUAUUGCAUUCACACACAUCGUUCUGGUGCUGGAGAAUUAUCUUGUGUUUUUGCUGGAAGUAGUGGAGGGGGAAGUGCACAAACACCUCCAUUACAACAAAAUUCUUCUUACCAAAAUUUCCAUUAA